UGGUAGUAUUGGCAAAAUGUAUUUUCUAUGAUCACCACACAAGUGGGGAAGAAAAUUUAAGAUGCCUCUCUAGUUUUUUGUCAGCCUGUUUGGGGGCUAGGCUCUAAUUUGAGGGCUCAAAAAGUCCAAUAGUUUUUCUUAUGGGAAUUCCUUGGAAAGUUGGCUAUAUCUUUUUCAACGAAAGCUACAAAUAAGGGAACCAUAUUCCCUAUGAUCUAAUGACCAUAUAGACUAGACUUUGAAAGUUCAUAUCAUAACUAGAAUUUCGACUGGACAGUGGAGGCUUAUUAUCAACAGGCGAUUGCAGAGACUAAACUGUUCACCCCUAUCUUAUUCUCAACAAGCAACUGCAAUGCACACAAAGAAACAAAAAAUACAGAAGAUGCUGAUAUAUUUGUAAAGUUGAAAUGUGAGGUAUAGUUAGCUCAACUGUGAGUAUAUGUUGGCCUCUUACAAUGAAAGAAUGCUGUAUAUCAAUAUUUUACUGAACUACAAGACAUUUCACAAAGUGAUAAAAGUUGAAACUUCAGAUCAGAGUUUUUUAAUCACAGCCCUGUACGCCACAGAAAGUAUAUAUAUUUUGGGAAUAUGGGUUGAUCUUGUGGGCUUAAAAAAAUCAUAUAACUGUUAUUGACCAUGAAAAACUGAUGCAUACCAACUUGAAAAUUGCAAAUCUAGGUCAGUCAUCAAUUACCAAAUCCACUUUUUAAUAGUUCAUUGUUUGAUCAGACUUUUAUUAUUACUGACUUGAUCAAAAAUUGACCUGCGAUCUUGUGCAGUUGUGAAAGAGAGAAAGAGAAUGGUUUGGAGGAAGGAAUACCUGGAUGUAGCCUUACUUAGUCCCAAGUGGGUUACUGAUCAUGCUUUUUUAUCAUCUCUAUCCUCUCUACAGGUGCCUAAAAUUUCCUGAGAAGACAACCAUUGGCUAUGAGAAUCACUGUAGAAAAGCUUGGGUUGAAAAGACUGUGCAGAUUGAGGCUAAGGAUAGGGAUUUUGCACUAGGAGUAAUCAAUGGUACAAUUUCAGCAUCAACUUUCCUGGCCUCAACAUCACUAGCUUUGAGCUCUCUGAUUGGAGCAUGGAUGGGUACCUCUUCACUAAACAUCUUCUUCCCUUCUGUUCUUAUCGGCAUGCCAAACGCAGAUAUUCCUGUUAGGUAUAAGAAGAAUGCGGUGAUAAGAGGAAGUAUUUUUUGGUCAGUUGGGUUGCGAGCAAUCUACUUUGCCACUAGUUUGCUAAUGUGGAUUUUUGGUCCAAUACCAAUGGUUGCAGCUUCAGCAACUAUGGUGAUUGUUCUGCACAUUCUUGACUAAAAUUCUAAUCCAUUGCACCCCUUUGAACAUGCCAAGACCAAUACAGACGGCCAGAACUUUGACAUCUAAAAGCAAAGUAAAGCAUGAAAAAACAGAGCAUGUAGAAAUAUCUAAUUCGCAGAAAUGGGUUAAAAUUCAAAUGCACACCGAUUUCUGCUCAGAUUCUCCCUGCAAAUUUGGAGGUCCUUCGUAAACUUCAUGGUCAGUCAAUAGGUUAUCGGUUGACAAUGUGUGCAAGUGAACCAUACCAAGAACAUAUGAAUCAAACUCCUAGAGCACCAACUCAAUGGCGUGAUAUUUGGAUGAUGCACAUCAUUUCUUUUUUGUCCUUUUAUGGGUUAAGCUGUUUUAGCCAAGCUAACAUUAUUCAUAAUCGUCUCCAGAUCAUAUAAUGCUAUAAACCAACCCA